CGGAGCGGGAGCUUCCGCUUCCGGACCGAGCAGCCUGAGGGAGCGGAGGGAGAAGAGUCGCGCGCUGAUCCGCGUCGGUGGCCGUGAGGGGCGGGAGGCGCCGCGGCCUCCUCCUCCUGCAGGUACCGCCUUCUGCCGGGAAAGGGGCGACCCUGGCGGGGCGGCGCCCGGGAAACGGAGGCCUCCGCCGCCACGGAAGGCAGCGCUGCUGCUCCUUCGCUGCGGCGUCGCUUGAGAAGAACAAGAACCGCGGCGGCGGCGGCGGCGGCACCAAUAAUAAGUCUUGGUUGUUAAAGGGGGGGGGUUAAAAAUGCCCCUGCUCUGCCCGGGCUUUCGUGUGGGGAACAGUCGCGCUCUUGAAACGUUGUAGUUCUAUUAUGGAAAUGUUGUUCUUGUGCUGUUUGUUUAUAUGCCGCCUUUUCCCCAGGCCGGGACUCGGGCGCCUUACCCAAGUCGAAGCAGCACAGACAUAAUACUGUACAGAGAGCAAAACACGUGUGAAAAGUAACAGUUAAAAAGAUACUGAACCCCAAAACAAUAUUUUUAAAAAAUCUAUUACAAUGUUGUUUUACUGUACAUUAUUAUUAUUAUUAUUAUUAUUAUUAUUAUUAUUUAGAUGCUCUGUGGUUUUAAAACAGGGGUGGUUAACUCCCAAAUAUCGGGGCAGGGUCCCCCACCCUAAUCUUCCUCGUCAUGCCCCAGUCUCCACUUGUUUUGGCAGAGGUGGAAAUCUCUCAUAGAAUCAUAGAGGGUCAUCUAGCCCAGACCUUCAAUGCAGGAAUCUCAACACACAGUUCCCAAUCCAAUUUGAAAGCAAUACCGGAUGGACCCUACUUAACUUCCCGCAUGUGCUAGCAGUUUUCUUAAAGCACCACUAUGAAAAGAAAAAUAUGGUAAAGGGCAAAUGUUGCUGGGGUCUUUGGGGAGAUGGAUAUUGCCUGCUCAUCCAACUCUGGUGAUCUGAUCAAUUGCUGGAUGUGUCUGGUGUGUGCAAUGGCACACGCACACACACACACCAGGCAAUCUGCAGGCAUCAGUUGAAGUGGGUGGUGGCUGGUUUGGGGUGUGGGUGAUCUGUACAUGUGUUUGUGUGUGCAGGAAGCCUUCCACUGUCAUGCAACCCCUGGGGCAGGUACCUUCAACCUUUUAACCCAAAUAUGUGUCUGGGGAUCCAUUUUUUAAUCAUAGAAGGGACCCUGAGGGUCAUCUAGUCCCCCACCUGCAAUUCAGGAAUCGCAGCUAAAUCAUCCAUUUGCAAGCCCAUGGGCUAAACCCUGUCCCCGAAGCCUACCCCCCACCCCCGAAAUGAGACAUGACAGUAAUGUAUGGGUUUAAAUUAGGCCACAACUUUAUUGAAUUUUAGGUGUAGGAACCUUGGCUUAGGCCUUGGAAGGUAUCCCUCUCAACCCAACGGGCUGAGGACGCGCAGGGCAGUCAGGUACAGUGGGAAGAGACUGUAAAGCAUGAACUUACACAGCAUGCCCUCCACCUCACCAAAGCCACCUACUUGGCGCUGUUCUAGGGCCAGUGACUCCAGUAAUCCACACUUUAUGGGGCAUUGCAACACCGCCGGGUGGGGGUGCAUGAGGAUGUCACCCCCCCAUCUUGAAGAUAGACUAUAGGAUACCGACCAAGGCCUAAAAACCACCAAAGUUGUGACGAAUUGCUACGGGGAAGGCAAAACCUGCCAAUGCAGGGGAAUUCCUUCCCAGUUCUGAAUACCACAACCAUCUUCCGACCAUAGCAGCGCCUGCUGACCUAGAAAACAUGAGGUUAGCCUGCAAAAGAAGACCAUGUUAUCUUUUUAGGGAGGGUCGGGUGGGUGAAUCUGGAAGGAAACCAAGUGAGUUCACUCUAGGCCAAAGGGCAUCGGCCUUUUUUCCUGGCCCUCACCCCACCGCCAGCUGACAGCCCAUUGUCCUACUGAGAUGGGAGCAGGGUGAUGGCCACCCUAUAGGAAGGUGGGUGGCACCUGGCCAGGUAAGCCCGUGCAGUGUCGCAAACCCCGCCCACCUCUUGGGAGGGGGCGAGCAGAAAUUGCUCCUGUUGUGACCCACCUUGGAUCAGUUGAAGACCAGUACCGUAGAGGGUUGGCUAAAGUUUCUGCAGCCCUCCACCUAAUUUUCCAAAUCCAAAUAAUUUUAGGUUCACCACCCCUUUUUUAAAAUGAUAAAACUCCCACCUUUCUCAUUUGAAACUCCACUGGGUUUUUACAGUGUGUGAGUUUCCUUGAGAAAGCUAUGCCCAAGAAGGUGUUCCACAAAUAAAAUUAUAAAUAAAAUAAAAUUAUACAUUAAAAUAUUUAUUCCUUUUCUUUUAUCUGCCUCUUGGGGUAGGGCACAGAGCAUAAAAAGAGUUAUGUAAUACAGUUUUUACACUGCAUAAUAUCAAAGCAGCUGAAUGCAGCUAAAAGCAAACAGCAGCAAGUGGGUUCUUUGAGGCAGAAGAAGCUCUGUGACUGAAGUGCUAAAUGUAUGCAAAAGAAAUAGAAUUACUUACUUCGUAUGCUAUUAAAUUAGAAAAGCCACAGUACUACCUUUUGGUAUUUCCAAUUCGACUCCACUGUUAUUCUUUAACAUCCCUAACACUAUUUUUGCUCCCUGUCUAGGUCAUUAAUUGUUAUGCUGGAUUUCCUAGGCUUUUGGUGAAAGUUGCAGCAGUUUCAGAUCUGUGGAUGGUCAACAACGGUUUUUUGCCCUUCUCAUGAGCCAUGGCCUACCAGCUCUAUAGAAAUACCACGCUGGGGAAUAGUCUUCAGGAGAGCCUAGAUGAGCUCAUACAGGUAGACUGUAGACUUUUAUGCCCUUGUAAGCCUGAACAGCCCAGUGCUGAACUUACACCAGGGUUAUGUUCUGCCCCCCUGGACACAUAAGUGGAAUGAGCAUAAGUGGGGAGCGUCCUGCUGCACCUCCAGCUCACAAGGAGACUUUCCUCAGAGCCCAAAGGGAGUAUCCUCUUCAGGAUCCUGGAACGCUCAUGAGCCAGAGGUGUAACAGAGCUUUGUUGAGGCGCUUCAGGUCUCUCCCACACUUCCAGGUUUCUGGCACUGUACAUGACUUGAACGCACGUAAAUGGUGGGAUGCUUGUAUGAGCCACAACAGAUAUUCAAAAUAUGAUUGAAUAAAAUGUAACAUAGUGUUUAUUUGCUCUUUACCUCCUCCCUCCCAAACCUCGCAUCAUGUGUGGAUUUAUAAGUAAAGAUGAAACACAUCCGGGUAAUGGUAAGAGGAAAUCCACAAAGGAAGAUGGUCCUUCUAACUUUUCAGUGCAAACCUAACAUUUAAAGUUUAAACUUUUUAAACUGAAAGCAUAAGGCUUGCAAUCUAGCAAACUCCGUGCCAGAAAUCAAAUGCUUAUUUGCUAGUCUGGAAAAACUGAAGAUGGGCAGAAUACCCAUGCUAAGACACACACAGACCUGACUGAAAUACGUUAAGAGGGUAGCUAAUUUUUGUAUUGGUGUUCAGGUAAAUAUGGCAAAUCGUUGGGACUGUACUGGUUAGAAUUUAACAAGGGAAUUUUCUAUCUCUUGUUAGAAUUGUGAAAGCAUAAUUUUCUGAUAACUUUUGCUCAGGCCUUUUUAAUUGGAUUGAUGUAACUGAGAACAGCCGCAAAUUUAAUUUAAUUGUUAGUCUGCUCUGUUAUUAGGAUUGUGUUGUUUAGAUAGUGGUUUAACAUUUUUAUUUAAGUGUUGUAUGAUUUUAUUGUUGCUAUGUUGUCCAUUGUGUCCUACCCUAGGAUCAUUGAUUUGGUGGAGGGAAGGAUAGAAACUGAAAUAAUAAAUUAAUAAAGGAAUUUUAUAGUGGUGAUUACAAUGUUUCUAUGUAAUCAGAACUGUUAUAACUUAAGAUUUUGGAGAGAUGAGCUUGUAUGCAAUAUUGAAUGUAAUUUAUCCUCAAAGCUGAAUGUUUUUAUUUUUCCUCUCCAUUUUAGUCUCAGCAGAUCACCCCCCAGCUUGCCCUUCAAGUGCUACUUCAAUUUGACAAAGCUAUCAAUUCUGCAUUGGCACAACGGGUCAGAAACAGAGUCAAUUUCAGGGUAAGAAAGCUAAAUGCUAAUGAAGAGUAGCUAAUGGCUUCUACCAUUUACAGUAACUUUUGCUGACUUAAAAUGGGUGCAGACUUCUUUUGACUCUUGCAACGUCUUCCUCUGAAGCAAGUUGGUAUGGAAAAUCUUCCAAGUUUUGUUUUUUUUAAUUAUUGUUAGGAAUCAGCAAAAAUGUGGACUCAGAAGAAUAUAUACUUUGAUGUUCCAAUGCAGUGCAAAACUGGAGGAGGCACCUUGGUUAUUUUUUCUAUAUGUUGACAUUAUUUUUUCCUGAUUUUUAAAAAAUGUGAUUUAGUGUUUCAUGUGAGCCGUCUUGGAAGGAUUUAUAAAAGGUGAAAUAUAUGAUAUGAAAAGAAACCAGCAUAUGGACUUCGUGUCCUGAAAGGUGGAUAUAAAUCAUUAUAACAAAUUAGUUAUAAAAUGUUGGUGGCAGGACAUGCAGCAGUAAUGCAAAAUUUCAAAUAACUGGGUUAGCUUUGCUAUAUGCCCAAGGGCUGGACUGUGCAUUUAAGGGGGGGGGGUCUAAUUGUACUUCUCAGGCCGGCAUUUGGCUGUUCUAAGUCUCUCCUUUAAUCUGUGUGGGUGUUGUUGUUGUUUUUAGGCCUACCACAAGGUGGCACAAGAAGCACACCCUUCAGAAUUACUCUGAGGCACAUGGGUGGCACAAAAUAUGAGUGAAACAGUUCCAAAGAAGUUUUUCUUGAAGUUACUUAGAUGUUCUUUUUUCUCUCUCUUCCUUCCCCUGUUCGCUCCUGAAGGGCUCCCUGAACACAUACAGAUUUUGUGACAACGUUUGGACAUUUGUACUGAAUGAUGUUGAAUUCAGAGAGGUCACUGAGCUUGUGAAAGUGGAUAAAGUGAAAAUAGUAGCCUGUGAUGGAAAAAGUAAGUUCUGGAAUGUGAUGUGUGUGAAGAUGCUGAGAUCAAGUGGCAGAGUAGCAAUAGAUUAUAUAUAUAUAUAUUGCACAAGAAUUACAGCUGUUGGUAAACCCAUGAGUCUUUGAUGAGAAAAUUUUGCACAAAGCAUAUGAAAGGCUUCUCCCUCCCCUUAAAGUAUCCUAAAAUACAUUUGACCCAUUGUUUGGUGGUGGUGCCACCCCAGUCAUGAAACUUCCUUUCCUUGGUAGCACAGUACAUGAUGAAAAUUUACUGACUCUUCCAACCAUUCAGAGACUAUGUUUGGUUUAAUUUCAGUUAUUUCAGCCUCUAAACUUCUUAUUUCACACAUGUUGUUUUUGUUUUACUGAUGGUUUUUGAUUGUAUUUUGACUCUCUUUGAUAGUUUUAUUUUGAUGUAAGCUUCUUUUGGGGUCAUUUUUGAGUAGAAGUGUUACAUUAGAAUGCAAGAUAAAAUAAGACCUGGCUAUUCUGGUUCUUGAAUUGAGCUUUUCAAAUGAGAGAGUUCCUCUGUCACCUGCCCUGUAAAUCUCAAUUAAAAUGGGAUUUUCUACCAGGGCAGGAUUUUAUGAAGAAAGGAUGUGUUUGGGUUUUAACCUGAUAAAAAGUGGCAAAUGCAUCUUUGUUGCUAUUAAGUUUAUAUCCCACUAGUUUUUAUUUCGUACAAGUUAUGUACUGCUUGACUGUAGAAAAUCUCAAAGCAGUGUACAAGCUAUAACUUCUCAGCCAAGAUGGCUUACAAUUAAAAGCCAUCACAAGGGGUACUAAACAUUAGAGAUGUGUGUGUAGCUCUUUCUUUUGGCCUCUGGCAGCUGGUGUAAUAGUCCACCCAGCUCUAGAUUUUUCCCUCCAGAAGAAGGUGGCAAAAGUAUCUGCAGGUGGGGCAGGGGGUUGGCUGAUGGUCAAAGUGCCAGGCCACAGACAGCACCUCAUCAUUUCAUUAGGGAAAUGCCCUUUAGACACAAUGGGUAUUUGUUGUGUAAUUGCUGUGUGUGUCUAACGCUGUUUGGAAGCAGAAUUUUAAGUGUUUACACUGCACUGCUUCAAAUAAAGGAUGUGUUGCCUGCCUAUGAAGACCUGAAAGCCAACUGGCUUGGGCAAUGGAUUUCUAGAGUCUCUGUGGGGAAAGGUCAUAGCUUAGCAGUAGAACAUCUGCUUUGAAUGCAAAAGAUCCUAAGCACACAGCAUCCUAAUCCACAGCACCUCCAGUUAGGCCUGGGGAUAUCCCAUCUGAAACUUUAGAACUAUUCUGCUAUACAGUGUAGACCAGGAACCUGUGGCCCUCCUCGUGGCCAUGCUGUUUGGGGCUGAUGGAAGUUGGAGUCCAACAGCCAUAGGCUCCCCAUCCCUGCUAUAGACAAUGCUCAGCUUGGUGGACCAAUGGUCUGAAUUGGUAUAAGGUAGCUUUAUUCAGUACCUCAAAUCUUUUUAUUUUUUAGAGGAAAGACCCUAGAGUAGAAUAAGGGUAGACAACAUGGUUCCUGCUAAGUGUUGUUGGACUCCAACCCUCACCAGCCCCAGCCAGCAUGGCCAUAGUCAGGGAUUAUGGGACCCAUAGUCCAAAAUAUCUGGAGGGCAACACAUUGUCUGUGCCUUGAGUAGGGCAUAUGCUUUGUAUGCAGAAGGUCCCAGGUUCAGUCCCAGCAUCUCCAGGUGUGGGAGAGAGAAAACCCCUGUCUGCCAUGUUCUUUUUAAAGCAGGAGUGGGAAACCUCAGGCCCUAUAUAGCCCUUGGUACUCUCCCCAAGCCACACCUCUCAGCAGCCAUUCUCCAAGCCCUUCUGGGGUACUUUUGCCUGCCUGGAAUAUGUCCUUGAAGUGUGACAGUGCCUCUUACUUGCCUGGAUGGAGAAAUGGGUGUAUGGGUGCAGAAAUAUCUCCACUUCUGCAUGGAUGGAAUUUGACAUAUUAUACAGAGGAGAAGCUUCCAUGCAUUGUUCCACCUACAUGUGUUUCUGGCCCCACCCACUACUGGUAUGUGCUGCCCAACCCAACCCAGAAAGCUUCCCUUCCCCUGUGUUAAAGACAGUGAAGCAGGAGCUGACUAAAAAGUUGGCACCCUUGUAUCUUAACAGCAUUGCCUUUGGAAGGAUCUUCUUACUUACAGACUUAUGUGCCUUCUUUUUUAUAUUAAAAAAAAAAUCAGCCUUCCUUCGGCACAUAAAUGCAAUUUUUGUAACUUGCUGGUGCAGUGUUAGGUACUGAAGAGUUUCAGAAGGGUGCAGUCAACAGCCCUAGAGAUAAUGAGAGGGAGCCACUGUUACUGAUUGCAGUGUUUCCUCUCUAGCUGCCUUCUGUUCAAAACUGGCUCAAUCCAUAUGAAAAACCUGGUCUAUGAAGUUUGUAUACAGCUCCCCAUACAACUUACACCAGAACUUCAGCAGGAAGGGUUUCUAGGUCAGUGGUAAAGUGUAUGCUUUGCAUAAGGAAUGUCCCAGGUUCAGUUCUUGGCAUCUCAACCUGACUCCCUGAAAUUUUUUGCAAGUGGCAAGACACCUGGAGAGGUGCCAAGCACAUGCAACAAUUCUUAGAUAUAUGGAUCAGUGGCCUAACUCUUAGGGUAAGGUUUAGAAUGAAAUCAGUGAAAAGAAUUGAGUAAUGUAAAAAUUAGGCACAAAUCUCUUAGUUUCAUUCAGGAUUCACAGAAGCCUUGUGGAGCUCAUAAAAUUUGUGAGAUCUCAUUUUGGACUUGGAGUUGUCUUUAACAGCAGUCUCCUGUUUUAAAUUGCCUUCUUCUCACUUCCAGAUACUGGUUCCAAUGCUGCAGAGUGAAGAGGAAGAUGGGUCCCUGUGCCAGCAAUGUCUUUAAGAGGCUGCAAUUCUGAGAGAGGAGGGUGGCCAAAGAGUUUGUGGAUGACCAUUUUAAUGAUGCAGAUAUGAGUAAUCCAUGCUGGAAUGCCUUGUGGAACUGUCUUGGCAGAAGCUCUGUAGAGCAUCUUUUGAGUUCACCUAAGACAUGAAGGCAAAGAAUAUUGCUUUUUAAGAAAGAGAGAGAAACAUAAAACUAAGGAUUAAAUGUUGUUGCUUUUUGGUUCAUCAAGGUAACUUCUCCAAUAAACAUUUUAUUUAAAACUUUUAGAUGAGUG